AUGCCUGUCCAAAAGCACGUCGUCUUUGAUGUAGUUGGCACUUGCGUCUCCUUUGAUGCCUUCUACAACGGCAUCGACAAGGUCAUUGGCCAGCGACUCUUGAAGCACAACAUCACGGCUCGUUCCUUCGGCUUUACCUGGAUGACGGCUGCAGAGCUCGAAUUCACAUUUCUCUCAAUUUCGGAGCGCUACAAACCAUACAAAGAAAUCAUGGCCGCUCUGUUUUUCCGCACUUUGUACAUGAUGGGCGUUGAGGAUCCCCGCGCGUUCGCCACAGAAGCGGAGCGGGAUCAAUGCGCUCAAGGAUAUUCAGAGCUGGAGUUGCGUCCAGGCGCAAAAGAGUGCUUCGCAAAGCUACGAGAGGCAAAUUUCACCGUCUGGUGUUUGACCACUGGGGAUACCAAGCGCGUGCGUGGAUACUUUGAGCGCGGAGGGGUCGAUAUGCCGUUGGAGAAUUUCAUCAGCUGUGAUUCGGCUGGUGUGGCCAAGCCGGCUCUGGCUGCUUACAGGCCUGCCCUGGCUCAAUUCAGCGACAACGACAUCAAAUGGUUUGCGGCCGCGCACAUGUGGGAUGUGACGGCGGCUGUGAAGGUCGGAUUCCGAGGUGCCUAUUGUACGGUGUAUGAGAAGGAGUCGUGCGCCGAGAUUUUCGACGCACAGUUGGAAGUGACCACAGACUCCUUACCCGCGAUGGCGGAAGGAAUUAUUGCCGCGUCUAAUUAA